AUGCACAUCAUCAAUACACUACUACUACUAGUCCCAAUUCUAUUAGCAAUAGCAUACCUUACACUAAUAGAACGAAAACUCCUGGGCUACAUACAACUACGAAAAGGCCCUAACAUCGUCGGCCCGUACGGAAUCCUCCAGCCAAUCGCAGACGCUCUAAAACUAUUCAUUAAAGAGCCAUUAAAGCCAUCAGCCUCAUCCAUCUCAUUAUUUAUCAUCUCCCCCAUACUCGCCCUAACCCUAGCCCUAUCCAUAUGAAUCCCUCUCCCCAUACCCCACCCCCUCAUCAAUAUAAACCUAGGAAUCCUAUUUAUCCUAGCAACCUCAAGCUUAGCUGUAUACUCAAUCCUAUGGUCAGGAUGAGCAUCAAACUCCAAGUACGCCUUACUAGGAGCACUACGAGCCGUAGCCCAAACAAUCUCUUACGAAGUCUCCCUAGCCAUCAUCCUACUAUCAGUACUACUCCUAAGCGGCUCAUUCACACUAGGCACCCUUAUGGAAACCCAAAAAUACACAUGAUUGAUCCUACCAACAUGACCCCUAGCCAUAAUAUGAUUUAUCUCAACCCUAGCAGAAACCAACCGAGCCCCCUUCGACCUAGCCGAAGGAGAAUCGGAGUUAGUCUCUGGAUUCAACGUAGAAUACGCAGCAGGACCCUUCGCACUAUUCUUCAUAGCAGAAUACAUUAAUAUCAUUAUAAUAAAUGCCCUGACCACCAUUAUCUUUAUCAGCACAUCCCCAAUAUCCACCAACCCAGAAAAUUUUACAAUAUACUUCACAAUUAAAACCCUUAUACUAACCUCCUUAUUCCUAUGAAUCCGAGCCUCAUACCCCCGAUUCCGGUAUGAUCAACUCAUACACUUAUUGUGAAAAAAUUUUCUACCAAUAUCACUAGCCAUAUGUAUAUGACACAUUUCUUUCCCCAUCGGACUAUUCGGAACACCCCCACAAACAACCU